CCUCACCAAUGGUAAAUUUCUGAGCGGGGUCAGCUCGUCUCGAUGCCUCCUCAGGCAGGGCCCGCAUCUCUUAAUUUUUUCCCUUUGCAUACCAUAGUAGGUAGGUACCUUAUCUCAAAUUGUACAGCCAGGGGAAGGUUUAGACAGAUUUGUCGGGAUCAUCCACGGAGUACCUACCUACCUAACCGAUUCCCUCAAUUAAGUUUCGGCUCUUGAUGCUUCAGAGCGGGGAACUGCAACGUUGGCGCCACAAACUCUCGGUCAAUGUCGCGAAUUGUUAUCCGUCGCUCCCGCGCGCCCUCCUUGGCACACAUGUAGUAUCCGUAAUGACGGGAACGCUGUCAGAGCUGAUAGCCAAGCUGAGCAUCACGUCCAGCGCUAUCGAAAGCAAACGGGCAAGGCAACUCCCAACAUGGGCAGGGUAGCGCUUAUCACCGGAAGCGCCUCGGGCAUAGGCCUCGCCGUGGCCAAGCACCUCGCGAUCGAGAAGGAGGGCUGGAAGGUCGUGCUGUUGGAUUCUAACGGGGAGGCGGGCGCUGCCGCCGCCGCAUCUAUCCCCGACGCCGUCUUCGUCGAGGUUGACGUGACAUCGUGGUCGUCGCUGUCGCGCGCCUUCGACGAGACCUUUGCCAUGUUCGGCGGGAUCGACUUCGUGUAUGCCAACGCCGGCAUCUUCGAGCGCGGAAACUUCUACGAGGAUCUGACGGCCGGCACGCGUUCUGACAAGAGGAUGCCACCGCCCCCGCCGCCAAACCUUCUGGUGCUCGAGGUCAACCUCAAAGCUAUCAUAAUGACGUCCUAUCUGGCGCAGCAUUAUUUCCGCUUGAGCCCUCACAAGGGAAAGGACGCAGCGCUGGUCAUGACAUCCAGCGUCUGCGGGCUGUACCCGUCCCAGUAUACCCCCAUCUACGCGGCCACCAAGGCAGGCGUGGUCAAUUUCAUGCGGUCCAUUGCCCCCCCAUUCUACACAUCGGACGGCAUCCGCGUCUAUGCAAUCUGCCCGGGCUCGGUGCGCACCGACUUUCUCAAUGACCAAGAGUGGGCAAUGUUCCCGGCUGAGCUCUUCACCCCGAUGAGUACGGUUGCCACGACGGUCGCCAUGCUCCUCGAGGGCGGUGACAUGACGGAUGCCUGGGGUCGGAAGGUUGUGGCCGGACAGGAUUAUGGACUCGCCGUCGAGAUCAAUAGGACGAACAUCUACUUCCGCGAUCCGCCCGAAUACUGCGAUGAUGCAAUGAAGGCGACCAUGGAGGGGUCCAAGAUGGAAAGCCAGGCUGAGAGGCUGAGUACGAACAGUAAGCGGGGUGGUUCCUGAUAAUAGGAGCCAGGUAGCUGCCGACUCGCUUCCAAUGUUAAAUUUACGAAGACGCUAGCUGUGACCAUAGGUCGAUCUCCAAUGCGGCCUGGCCAGGCAGCAAUAUGUUGGUUUUAAGUUGGGGUUCCUUCCAGGAGGGAAACCAUUGCCCCAAGCUGUAAGACCUCAACUUAGCACUAGAUACCGAGCCAGGAUUAUAAGCUUCCUGCCCCUGGCCCGCUUCAUUGUGAUCCUAGUCUUCAUAUUUAUACAUCUUCACCAACGAUUAAGCAAUCUGCUACGCUCAUGUCAGUUCUAUUAUAAGGGCUAGCUUCUAAGGGCUAGCUUCUACUAUUCCGCCUCCUCGCAUCCCAUCGGCCAGUCG